UCCUGGUUGAUACGCCAUGUUUUAGAGACAAGGCGUUUGGCGCUGUACAAUACCAGACAUGGAGUUUUACCUACUGGCCACUUGGUCAUUACUGAUAGCCUUUACGGUGGUUAACGCAUCAGAAAAUAUCGCCCUUGGUAAAGUCACCAGGCAAAGUUCUAUUCGAGAUAGCUGGGACAGCUCUAAAGCCGUAGACGGAUGCGUCCUCACAUAUAUGACCUCCAACUGCUGUACACACACGGCAGGAGGCCAGACCGAGGCCUGGUGGCAGGUAGAUCUACAAACCCAGUCCGUCAUAUCCUCCGUGAAUAUUUUGUACCGAGAUGAGGAUUCACUACACAGACUCGCCGGAUACGAGGUAUUGCUGUCUAAUACACGUGACUGGACAACAGGAAGCAGAUGUCAUAAGGACAUCACUGCUGAGAAGGCGUCCAUGUCCGCAACACAGUACAUUACAUGUGCAGGUGUUGCCCGGUAUCUGGCCAUCUACAAUGACCGUCGAGUAAAAGCAAAAACGUGGUACUCGGAUGAUGCUAUACUGGAACUGUGUGAGGUACAAGUUUAUGGGUGUCCAGUUGGAAAAUACGGAAAUUGCAAUUGCAAUAACGACUGCAUGAACUGCGUCAAUAACAUAUGUGAUGCAACAUCUGGUACAUGUGGAGAUUGCACUGCUGGAUUUUAUAAAAGCGGUGGAAAUUGCAUCCCAUGUCCGGUUAAUUGUUUGGGAAAUAAAUGCGACAGUCUUAAUGGAGCUUGUGCAGACGGCUGCACAGCGGGAUUUUCAGGCACAUGGUGCAGAUGUCCAGUAAACUGUAAGGACACAAUCUGUCCUGAUGGCCAGUGUACAGACUGUACUGAUGGACACUACGGAACAGCCUGUACACCAUGUCCUAGUAGCUGUAGCGCUAACACAUGUAACAAAACGUCCGGACUUUGUGUUCAAGAAUGUGUUAUUGGAUUCUACAGUAGUUUGUGUGAUCAGCCUUGCCCUAGUUACUGCAAAAACAAUGUUUGUAACAAGGACAAUGGUCAGUGCACAGAAUGUAAUGAUGGAUUCUACGGACCAGCCUGUACACCAUGUCCUAAUGGCUGUAGAACUAACACAUGCGACAAAACAUCAGGACAUUGUGAUCUAUGUGUAGCCGGUUUUCACGGCAGCCAAUGUUUAAAGGCCUGUGGUAAUUGCCAAGGUUUGAGUUGUGACAUGGAAACGGGGGAUCGUGCGACAGGAUGUACAGAGGGAUGGACAGGAGACAAAUGUGACACCAAGAGUAAAACUUUGGUUACAUUCUCUGCGAUGAGUUUGCAUGUACAUGUAUAGCCAUUACUGUACCCUUCAAAAACAGUAGAAUUGUUACAAUAAUGAAUGAGGAUGCUGCAGUUGGGAUUGGCGUCGGAUCUGGAGUAGUUAUACUGGCUCUGGUCGUCGUGAUCAUUGUUCAGACAAGACGUCGGACGAUGAAGCGAGGUGACACCACAAGUUCUACACAUAUGACAGAUAUAACAUUGUCGAGAACUGCAAACGAGUUAAAUAACGAUCAAGAUGGUAACUAUGACUAUGAAAUAGCAACUCACAAGGAACAAAGAAUUGCGCAGAUCUCCAACACAGAGGGAAAUUAUGAACAGCUUGGACGCAGGGAGGUGGAAAUUCCACAUAUAUACGACACUACAAACGUUGACACUAAAACUUAAGACGAUGCUCCUUGUAAACUGGACAGUUGCAAUAAUCAGCAAAAUGUUACCGUAAGACUUAAAGAAAAUGGCAUACGUACCUUUUUGUUUCGCUUUGUUUUGGUUUGAAUCGGUUCAUAGUUUAUCAGAAUAUUAAUAUCAAGGGGGUUGAACCAUUUAUACGAGAAGUACACAAGUCUACUGACAUAUAUAACCUAAAGAGAACUAAGUUCAUGUGAUGCUUUGAUACGAUAAGCCGGUUAUCGACUGCAGUUUUUAAUACUUAUUUUCGAGAAAUAUUUCUCCAUCACAAUAAUAAAGCCGCUGGGUAUAGCAAGGCUUGGGCAUUUUUAUGCAAGGUAAGUAAUACGUUGACAAUUAUCCAGUGUCUUAACAAUAAUUUGCUAAGAAUAAUCGUGCUUUUGAUGUACAUCGAACCUGGGAAUAAUUGAAAGAAAAUAUGUACAUAACAUAAACCUACAAAUAUACAGGUAAAUGUACAGUUGUUUCACUUGCUGUGCUACAUUUUAUUGGGGUUUUUAAAAUUUCUAUGAUAUAUGAUUCAAUGCUGUCUUGAAGAAUAUUAAUCACAUUUCAUUAUGUUUACUUCAAAUAUAUCACCAAUAGUCAAGGUAUGCUGUUAUCUGAUAGAUCUUGCUAUGUAACAUAUGUAUACAUACAUCGUUUAUAUCAUCAUUCCGUCAAAUACAUUUUAUCGCAUCAAAUAGCAUUGAUUAAUCGUUGAGACUGCUUUCGGUUAAAUUGUUUUUUUGUAAAAAAAACACACCACUUUUUUAUAUCCUAAUUACAUUUUGUGCUUAUUUUUUGCUUUUUUAUUUAAUUGUGUAUUUCUGUUUAGAACAUAUUCAGAAUUGGACCAUAUUUUGCAUUUUCCAUUAAAUAUCAACUUAGCCUCACUAAUUGUAUGCUGUAAUGUUGGCAGUAUGUAAUUUGUCUAACCUAACAUAUUUGUUUUUGUGAGCUUUACCUACAUAUAUCUGUGUAUCAAAUGGUUUUUUAAAGCUGAUAUAUACAGUACAUUGAAAUAUUUUCAAUGGUUUAACUGAACAAAAAAAAUAGAUGAGAAUGAAGUUAAAGAUUAUCGAACCACGCCCAAAAACAGUAAAUAUGUAUAUUUGAAACUGCCAAAAAAAGAACUAAUCUCCAUCAUACCGUUGUUUCGUCCUUCUAUGAACCAUCGGUGAUGGAUGCUAGGGGUCAAAUAGUUGGGCAUCUAGAUUAAUUUAAAUAGAAACAAAAGGGGAAGUGUGUAAAGUCCUUUUACCUUAUGAAUUUCAAAAUUUAGAGGAGAACAGGUCAAUACCCCAGAUCUAUGAUCAUUGUAUAACCACUCUGACUGACCUACCUGGCUUCAGUGGUAAUACCCUGGAUAUAAGAUCAUUAUAUUACCGCUCUGACUGAACUACCUGGCUUCAGUGGUAAUACCCUGGAUCUAUGAUCCUUAUAUUACCGCUCUGACUGAACUACCUGGCUUCAGUGGUAAUACCCUGGAUAUAAGAUCAUUAUAUUACAGCUCUGACUGAACUA